AUGGACGACGAUUCCCAGGAAACGAAUGAGUCUCUGUUCCUGUCGCUGCACGGACUCUGCCAGUCUAAGACCUCGGGUGAUGAUGAAAAUGCCAGCAAGGACUCCAUAUUCGAUCCUGAACCAGUCACUGCCCACUGCUUCAAGCCGUUCAAGCAGAAGGAUUUCCACCUGCCUCAGAGCCGCCGGCGGAUCAUCAUCUUGCCCCAAAACAAGGAUCCGAUACCCAUCAAUCUCACGGCCCAAGCCCAGACUCCCCUAUGGCCAAUCUCCAGCUUUAGAGCCCUGGGAGCCGGGGACAUCCCAGGGCAGCCGGAGGACGCGAGGACCUGGCUCAGCCAGAGGCUGAAACUUCGGCAGAACCUGGAGUCAUUUGGCGACACAGAGAAAUGGCUGCAGAACAAGCCUUGCCUCACCCCUUCAGAGGCCAAGGUCUUAUACAUGAUCCAGAAGGAGCAUGAGGCCCAGUUGCUGGCCUGUCUGACUCCUACCAGAGCCACCAAGAAGAGCCCCCGGCCUUCCCGCCAACCUGUGCCCCAGCUCCGACUACCCAAGCCCUCCGCCUUGGCCACCUUGUACUCCUACCUGCGCAGCCGCAAGAUCAAGAUCCUAGAGAUAUUUAGCAAGGUGGACCGGAGUGAGAACCAGAGGAUCUCUAGGGAGGAGUUCAUUGUAGCACUGAAGGCGAUUGGAGUCCCUCUGAAAGACCAGGAGGUGGAGGAUGUUGUGAUCUAUCUCAGUUCUCUGGGAAAGCGCAACGGCAUCACUAUGGAUAUCCUGGUCAACAACUACAAGCAGUGGUCUUUGGCUCAGCAGAGAAGCACCCUGUCAACUGCAAGGGAGUAUUACAGAUCCGCCAAGCACAGAGGUUCCCCACAGAGUGCAUCCAAGAAGCAGAUGGAUUUGGCCCCACAGCCUCGCAAGAUGGACCUGCUGACUGUGCCCGUGGUCGACACCCAGAUGGAGGCGCGGCCCAUGACUCUGGAGGAGAUGGAGGAUGUUGGCAAGCGGUACCGCGAGAGGAAGCGGCAGCACAAGCUCAAGAUCCCCUCCAUCCAGUACAUGGAGCGGUGCCGCCUGGUGCGCAGUGGGAACAAGCACUUUGAUGAGCACUGCCUGCCGUCCACCAUCCAUGGGGAGAUGAGGGAGCUCAUCAACAUGUCCCGCAGGGACACCUUUCUGGUCUACCUGCAGUGCUACAAGCUCUGUGAGUACUAUGGCCUCCCGCUGACAGAGGACGUCCUCAUGAAAGCCCUGCUGUACCCGGGGGACAAGAUCAUUUUCCAGAAGGACCAGGUGCGCCCGAUCCGACAGCCGGGAGGCUACUACUCAGACUUGAAGAUCUUCAGUCCCAAUCUGACCCUGCUCAAGUUCCAGGGCUUCAGCGAGUCUCUGGCUAAGAAGGCUGACAAGAAAACAUUGAAGAAAAUCAAGAAAAUACACUUUAAGGAGUUUGAGGAAUUCACCAGGAAGCUGAAAGUGAAGAGCCCCACAGGUCCACAACGAACUCACCCCAAUUUCUUCUGGCCGGGUCACCUGCUGGACAAGCUGCAGCUCUACCUGCCCACUGUGGCCGUGGACCGGAGCCUGGCACUCUUCAGUUGCGUCCAGCCCCAGCCCCAUGCCUACUCAGCCACCUACCACCCCGACCACUGGUGGCCCAUUGGGAACAUGAACUACAUGACCUGUGCCUAUUACGAUGCCUCCAAGGUCUACUACAUCAACUAG